AGUCCAUUUCAGUCCACCUCCUGUCCUGUUCAGUUCGUCGUCCUUCCUCUUCUCCCGAUCUUAUCCGGAGAAGGUUUAAUGGCGGAUUCGACGGCGUCAUGCCUCGCCCACGAGGCGAAUGAUCCAGGUAGCUCAGAAGCUGUCCGUGGCAGUUCGCAUGACACGGAGGAGCAGGAAGGCACUAAAGGAGAAGCGUCCACCGCGACAUCUGAACCAGUGAGGGAAGAACUGGUUCAGAGCGCCGUUAGUUUCCUGAAACACCCGAAAGUUGUGGCCUCUUCUGAUGUCCAGAGGCGUUCCUUCCUGGAAAAUAAAGGGCUCACUGUGGACGAAAUCGAAGAAGCGUUUCGGCGUCUACUAAGCCCGUCUUCAAACUCUUCAAGUUCAAAUACGUGCAAAUCUCAAGGGGUACCUGAACGCUCUUGCGGAAUUACUCAGGAAGCUAAAAUCAGCACAGAAUGUGUAGAUGGUUCAGGGACUCCUGACUCUGAAACUGUCACCCCUGUGGUGCCCCGGCACCCAAAAUCAUAUAUGGAGGUCAUGGAAAUGAUACAAAGGGGAGAGCGGCCAGAUGAUAUUCAGGAUAUUAACGAUGAGCCUCCUAACCCUGAUCAACCAAUCUCCAAACCACGUAUGGCACCAAAGCCCAAGCCAUGGGAAAAGCAAGUUCAAGAAAGCUCUGGCUUGGAUCUGAAAGCUCACCCAAGCGGUUCCAGCAAACAAACAUCAGGAGUUCAAACCGAUAGCACCAACCAGGGCAUGGAAUCAAACAACAACUCCGGUCACGGUGAUGCGCUGCUGAUGGCAGAGCCAGCUAUGGGCUCUGAAGCUCCCACGGAUGAUGAUGCCGCCUCACCGGAGCAGUAAAUUUGAAAGCACAUAAUGAUGAGGCGAGGUCAGACAUGAUGAGCCCAAGAGCAGGCUUCAGAUUCAAGUACCACAUCAGUAUACUCCGUGGUCUUUUGGAAUUAUCAGAAACUACUUGAGCUUGGGGGUCAAGCAUACUUGGGGUUGGAUCAUUGCUGGGAAUGAGCACAUACAAUAUACACUUGUUAUUUAAUCAUGUACGAAAUACAAUAAAAUAAAGUGUGUACCAUUGUUCUUGUC